AUGCUGGUCAUGGAGGAUUUACCUGUUCGUUACAUUGGUUACAGACCCAAAGGAAACAGCGCAACAGAUUAUACACCAUUAGGUGAGUGCAUCAGGUUUAUUCGCUUUUUUCAAUUCACCAAGUUAAUCAUGUGUUCUUCAUCAACUAGCUUUUCCAAUCGUGUCCAGAGGCAACGAACAGUUGGAUUAGCGAACACGUGCCAUAUCCGCUAAUACCCUCUAUGAUUUGUCACAUCUUGUUCUAAAACAUGGGUGUAACCAGCGAAGUAAUCGAUAGUGUCUUUUAGUUAAAACUAUCAUUAAGUGAAAUUGAUGUCAAGUCACAUCGACAAAUGUCUUUUACUUUCAGCGAAGCGCUCAUAUAUAGAACCGCACCCAAUAACAACGUAAACAUCCAUAGAUAUAUAGUACGAAAUUAAUAUAGCCCCAAUUAUGCGCCAAUUAUAGUAUGUCGAAUGUAGGUAGACCUUGUCACGGUUUUGGAAGCCAUCUUGACGACUAGGCAACCUCAUGAGAAAUUACAGUGUUUGUAUGAUAAUCUAAUGUCGAAUAAUUUCCGUAAAACGGCUGUUCUGAAAACAAUAUGAAUUGGGACCUAAAGGUACAAAGCAACGGAUUGUACUAAAAAAUCUUGGUGGCGAACCUGUGCUUAAAUUUCUCCAGAGGCUUGUUUUAGAUUUUCCAUACAUUUGUCUUUAAUUUUUCCCGGGGCUUUCUUACAGACUGCAUAUGUACACAGGGUCUGGAAGGGGGUGUCCGGAUCUCGAAUCACGGGUUAAAUUUCCGUACAUUCACGAAUCACGUUUCCUCUUUUGGAGUCAUUUCACGAAUCACGUGAUUAGGUAACGAACUGAUCAAGUCCAUUAAUUAUUCUUAGCUUAGUGGUUGCUGGACUACUAUGGGCAAGAGUUAUUGACGAACGGGAACGCUUACUAUUUGUGUACCGUACAUGAAGUAGUAACCUUUCUGUAUGCCAUGCGAUUGGGCACGCAAAGUCUGUAGGUUUUCGGUUUUAUUCGGCUAUUUGACGAAGUGAAAGCCGAAUUAGUUCGAGAUAUCUCGAGAUUACUUCGAUUUCUUUGAUUUAUUCUUUAAAUUUUUUGAGGAAGAAAGAAUUAUUAUUUUGACUUUCCCGCGGUUUGAAGCGACUCACCUGUGUGACCCGUCAGAUCAGAGGAGACUCUAAGUUGAGGGAUUAGCCGAUUGCGCUACUGGAACCCAAGGUUAUUCGGCAUAUGAAAAAUAGUUAUGAAGUGAUGCACUAUUUAGUUUCGGGAAAAGAUUGGGCGUGCAAGUUCGUGACUUUUCGGCUUGUUUCGGCUAUUUCACGAAAUGAGACCGGACUAGUAUGGUGGCCUAGAGACACGAAAUUUCUCUUCGAGUGUUGAAAACCAUUUCACGAGUGAGCCCUCCUUUCGAACUGUUUUAUGAUGAAUUUAAAGUUACAAAAUGCUGCACAAAGACAUUUUGUCUUUGUUGAGUGUUACGUAGUAAAAUCAUGCGUUGCGUGACUUUCUCGAACGUUCUGUACGUUUUUGGAUUUUUCAUGAAUAAUUAAUUAGGGCAUUUUUAUAUUUCAGAAUGAGUCAGCAGAUUUGCUUCAGUUACUGAAAUCAUAAAAUAUGUCGAGAAGCUACUACUAUUCGCCUGUGUAGUAUUUUCUAGAACCUUAUGUCAAACGGUAUACAAGUUCCAAGUUAAUUCUUUUGAAGAACUAAUUUUUUUCCCACGAGCUGGACUGCUGUGUUUAGUCAAGUGUGACGAAGGUCGAUUUUCAAGUUCUGUGUUUACGAUUUGGCUGAAGCCGUAAGAUAUCUGAAGUUCAAGUGAGAGUUUGUUAUUAUUGGCAGAGGUUGUUUAGUUUUACUUAAGUUCAAGUCAAGUUUGUGUUGGCUAUGUUCCUCUGGUAUUAAACUUCCUUGUGUUAAUCCGACAUCCCUGCGUGCUGAUAGUCAGUGAAUAAUUAUCCUCAAAACAUUCGAACUCGGAACAUUAAGUUUUAGCCAAUUCCAUGCGCAACGUAAUUGACUCCUUACCAAUGCCUUACAUAUCUUUAAUCAGUACAUGAGAUUGCUAUGCUGUUUUUUAAGCCUGAUGUGACUAAGAAAAAUAGAGAAUUGUUAUUCACCGCCAGUAACCCCAUAUUUGACUUAGGUUUAAACGUUUAGAGCCAAGUCAAAUUUAGAACAAGAAGACGCCCGAAGGCGCUUACGCGGGAUGUGUGGGUUUAAGAAAGAAUUACGGGUAUGUUGGAUGGAAAUGGAAGUUGAGUAGUGUAUGCAACAAAUGUGAGCAGGAGAGACGGAGAUGUUCUGUUAAGGACUAAUACACUAGAAGAUGAGUUACACACAAGGGUUCCUUUGCUACUCAAAACAAAACUUACAUCAAUAUUACCACCAUAUGUUAGGAGUAUGGGGUAGUUCACUAACAUUUGCAUUCCUUUACUAAUGUACUCAAAAAAUGCACUUCCACAUUUAACAAUAGCAUGUAAUGUAUCAUACUUCCAAUAACUACAGGGCUGCAAGGAAGUGCUGUAGGGAAAAUUUCAGAGACCCCUUUGGGCUCCCCAAGCAUUUUUAGCUGGGGUGUCCGGGCCUCUAAGUUGGUCGCCCAAAUUAAUAAAUCAGUGAGCUGUUAGUUAAUUAUGAAAAAUUAAACAAAUGAUUUUCUUAACAAGUCAAGCAGAAUUUUGUGAAUAUUUUUUUCAUGAAAAAUCACAUCCCUUUGACCUCCUGAGCGUGCGAAAAAAAAAAAAAACCCGCAUGUUGUCAAAUGAAAGUAAGUUUUCGCGCCAUAUGAGAAACAUGGACAACGCGCCGAACAUUUCAUGUUUUUUAAAUGGAAAAGUAAAUUUGGGGUCAAAAUUAAGGGCACUAUUCUUUUUACUAAUCAUUUUGAUUUAGGUUGAAAAGAAAAUUCGCUUAUUAAGAUUGACUGAGAUCCCGUGGAGCUUUCCAGGAAAACUGUUAUGAAUUCAACGAAACCGCGGCGCCCCCCGGGGGUUACUUGCGUUAAUUUUUGCUGGGUAUGUGCCGCUGGCCUCUCAGAGCCCCUAUCCCAUUAUAGUCUUUUCUGUGGCCAAUUGUAGACCCCAUAUUAGUCACGCUUGGGGAAAUAUGUAAUUUUUGCGAUCACAACUUAGUCAUUUUCUAUUUAUGUAUCUACCUUAUCUCCUGACCUUAUCAAUCCUUUAAAUAGGUCAUCAAAAAAUGAAUUGACCCAUUUUUAAAUAAAUUGAAUGAAGAACACUUUACUUUUCACCUACAGUACAAAUAUCCUGAUAGGUUUGCUAACCGUAAAUAUGAACAGCUCUCUUACCCCAAAAAUCCGACAAUGUGCGACCCCAUUCUAGUAACUCUUUUGAAAAUGCAACCCCAUUAAUAGUCGAUCUAGUCGUGAAAAUGCGACCCCAUCCAGCGCCACAUCCCCAUUAGCCUCUCUAUAAGGAAGCGCCCCCCCCACCCCACCCCCACCACCGAGGGCCGCCCCAAAACUAUUAUCUCUUUUGAAUAGAUCAUCUUGUUGUAAAGUCGUCGUUUAAGCGCAAAACGGAAAUAUUUUCUUUCUAUACUACCGGUGAAAUGUUCAGGACAAAUGUAGAUUCGGUUAGCUUUUGCGUAUUUAUUUUUAGUACGUGAUACGUAAUGCCUUGUCACGACACGAAAGACAAUGCGGGAUUUACACCCGAUUCUAGAACAAUCACAAUUAUAAUAGUCGUCUCUCUUUUUUUAUGCAUCGUAUUUUACUGGAAUAACAAUCUUAGUUAUGUUUUAUCCUCGCAGACACAGCAGUAAAAAAAGGUAAAAAUAUUUAAAGAACAUAAAAGACCGACCCCUUGUUCAUUCAGCGAUUUUUCAAAAUACAAAACUAUUGUUUUGCGUCGCCGACCGUACUUCACGCCUGUCAGAGCAAAAGUAACAACUUGUUUUGAAAAACUAACUAAUGAACAAUCCUAAUGUGAAGAAAAAACUUCAAUUUCACCAUGAAAAGCUGUUACUAUCGAAAACUGUGCAGCUUGUCACGUUCAUAGUCAAGGAUUAUGUUACAUGUGAAUUUACGUGAAACGACCUUUGAACAUCAACGCGUGCUCGCUGCCCGAUUUAACAACAUUUUCCUAAAGCUUUUUGAUAGACAUGCUACUUAUUGCUACUUACAGAGUCGACCUCAAGAGUUUCUUAGCGAGAGGAGCGUUCCUUUUAGGCCGCGAAGCCACCGAGAGAGCUACGAUUUCGCAAGUAAUAAAUUCUAGACAUUCUUAGCUUUUUGACUGUAACUCAUCAACAGAAACAAGAAACCAACACCAGCAAGUCGCCCGGCUGGGCCACCUAGACAAUAUUUUCAGUCGCCCGAGGCCAAGUCUUGCGCCGUAUAAAGAGCACGGGCUUGAGUCUUCGUCCUCCUCUACACAGUGAGCUUACUUUUCCCUCCUUUGCUGACGCAGUAUCUUUUAUCGGCUUGUGCAAUCCAGCCUGACUUGCACGUGCUUCGUCGUUGCGGCCAAUAAAAAUCCACACAAUUUUUCGGGACGGGCACGGGAUACGGGAAAGUUAAAAAAACAAGGCAAUUUUUGACUCCCAAGACGACGAAAGGAAUGCGCUACCGAAUUUUAGACGCUGGCUGACUACGUCAUCCCGCGUAAUUAUUUGUAUGGAGUCAUCAGAGCAUAACUGGGCUAAUAUCUCAGAGACCAUUUGCCCCGAAAUGCUAGUUUUUGGCAAGUAGGCCUCUUGGAUCUUACUCUUUUCAGAAUAUCCUGACAAAUCCCAUAAUUUCACAAAUUAACACCUUAGUCUUACCAUAUUUCAUUUCUUACUAUUCCUCCGCAGUUACAAUUAAUCAGUUCCACACUCCGAAGUGUACGCGCCAUAGUGUCUUUUUCGACAUUAGGGGUGCGUUCGAGUGGGAAACCUGGAGUAAGAUUUUAAAAUCCGGAUUUCGGAUUUGCAAUCGAACGCGAAAUCCGAAAAAGGAUUUCAAGGCUGAGAUGUCUGUUUUUGGAUUUUCAUUUUUACCGUUCGAUUGGGAAAUCCGAAAAAGGAUUUUAAAAACUGUCUGUAAGAACAGCGGUCUUGCACGCGCACGUAUACUGAGCAAAAGGAAGACCACUGUUCACGAGAAUAGUUUUGCAAAUCCUUUUUCGGAUUUCCCAAUCGAACCGUAAAAAGGAAAUCAAUGAAACCCGGAUUUGGGUUUCUCAAUUGAAAUCCACCCUGAGGACGGAUUUCUUAGAGGUGAAAUCCGUUUUCGGAUUUCGCGUUCGAUUGGGAAAUCCGGAUUUAGAUUUUGAAAAUCUAAAUCCGGAUCUCCCUAUCGAACGCACCGUAGAUUCUCAUACAAACUCUGUAAUUUCUCACGCGGUUGUCAAGAUGGCUUCCAAAACCGUGACAAGGUCUUUUACCCAAGACACUGAUAAAACGUACCUAAAAGCGUAUCCACUUUCUAAGCAAAGAGUUUUAUACAUCGGAAUUCCAUCGUGUUGUCUUUAUCUAAGAGUUAUCUUCAGUACUUUUAUACUACUCGACAAAAUCAUAGUUCCAAUUAAACCUUGUGACAUGUCUUUAAAUGAGGUUAUGUUCCUUAUUUUUUUCUGUGUUUAGGAUUUGUUCGAGUAUCAAUCAAUAUUGAAGCUAACCGUCUUAAGUGGAAGCGUGAUAGCUGUCUCACACAGGAAAUGUUAAACGCUUCACAAGUUAAAGCAGUCUUAAGAGGGCUUGUUGGCGAAGCCAUUGUAAAUCUGGGUUUUAAUUCAAGGUAAGCAAACAAGACUCUUUUAAACAGAGGCGGACAAGCAUUCGUGCAUUAAAAAAAUAUAUAUGGCUCGAGAAAAGCCAUGCGCGCGCAGAACGUGUGUUCUCUUUCCUUGUGUGCAAUAGUCUCGUACCACUAUAGACCUCUUCUGGAACUACGCGAUUAUGCGCGCGUCUCACCGUCCUCCUUGCGGCUACGUUGGCUAAUAUUAAGCUAUUACAGUCAAACCAGGUCAAGCGUUCCCGUCGCUAACAAACUAAUGAAUUCAUUAAUGGAAAAAUGAUUUCGUUUGUUGAUUCAAUAAUCCAUUCAUAAAAUGAAUAAUCCAACGGUCAAAUUGUACCUCGAUUCAAUAAUCAAAUGUUGAUUUGGUUUAUGAACAAAAUCUACCUGUUCUUUAUUCUUGUCUGUUGUGUUCAAUCGUAUUUGCUUCCCUUUUCCUGCUGUUUACGAUUGCGUUUUUCAUUGCCUUUAAUAAAAAUAACAGCUAGAAUAGACAGACCGCAAACGCAAAGAAACUGACAAAGGCCGAGGAUCGAAAUCCACCAAUCACCGCACAUACACUGACCUCAGUUUGACCGUCGUGUUUUCUAAGAGGUCAGGCCUAGGUCUGUUGCAAUGAUUAUUGGCAGCAAACUGGCGUACAUGUAACAGUUUGUUUGGGUUUGAACUUCAGAACUCGCCAGCACUCGACUCUCAGAAAAAAAAAGAGGAAAACAGAAAAUUCUGAGGUCAACUUGUGGAAAGUGUAAUUUUUCAAAAAACAGUAAUCGAAUCAACAUUCGAUUAUGGAAUCGAGGCUAAAUAUGACUAUUGGAUUGCUCAUUUUAUGAAUGGAUUAUUGAAUCAACAAACGAAAUCAUUUUUCCGUGAAUGAAUUCAUUAGUUCGGUAGCGACGGGAACGCUUGACCUGGUUUGACUGUAAGCAGUCUCAUUAAGCUAUCUCAGUUUCCCAUAGCUUUAAACAAGAGAUACCAUAGUAGCCAUGGGCCUUUGUCAAAAAUGUAAUCCGCCUCGUGUUCCAGUAUAACCAUUAACAAAAAACGGCAAAAGCUUUACGUCAAGAAGGUAAAAAACGAGGGUUCUUCCUUUUUUACAGAUUGCUAAAUUACAGCUUUUUAGUUCAGGCUUUCCCUGCUCGCCGCUAGUUUGCUCUUAAUCCUCCGUUUUCGCCUUUUGCUGGGAGUUCAUUAGGCUUUUAUUUGUUCACUGGACAAAAUUGUUCAUCCCACUUUGUUGUGAAAGAUACAUGUUUUCUUGUCGUUUUUCCCUCAGGCCGACUAGAUUAAACCGCCAACAGUUGGUUAUCGAUUGAAAGAUCUAUUUCUCUUGCAUAAGUUGGGCGUUAAAGUCGUCUACGACAAUUAACAGUUUCGGAGUGGAUCCCGAGCAGAAUAAUGAAUAAAGGAUUUGAAUUGAACUAUCAAAUGAAAAAAAAAACGAUUAUUUUGGGUUAAAGCAUCUCGAAUUAUGAAAACCACACGGUCAAGCAAAGAAAAAAACUCUUUGAACCGUGGUGGGAAUUGAACUCAUGGCCUCAGCGUUAGAUCUACUGUGGUUGAUCUGACUGAGCGAGAUGACCUGAUGCGGACAGGUCAGGGGAUACCAUUAUGGUAGUGAAGGGCGGCAAAGAGAGGAAAUGAAUGUUACUUUAAAAUGUUGAGCCGAGCAGCACUUGUAACUCAAAUGAUAGAAGAGAGAAUUAACUUAGCAUUUAAAUUUAACAGUCACGCAUAAUCUCAGAAAUUCCCACCGAGCGUUCGUGGGAGCAUAGAGAAUGAGGGAGCUCAGCUUGAGAUAAGAAAUUAUUUUAAAAAUCUCGGUGCUAGUCAAACCCACGACCUCCAAAUUUGACACUGACAAUAAAAAGAUGAAUUCCUUCCCUGCUAAUUCCCAUCUUCAGAUUUGUUGCUGUUAAGUCACAUGGUCCAGCAAUCACCCUGUACAUAACCAACACAAAUGAUGGCACAAAGUAUUCUGUAGACUUGACCUUGGCUAUCAAAUUCAUUGACUGGCCCGAUGAAGCCAUUGAGUGGAUUACAAGGCGACCGGGACCUAGCCUGGGUUUCUCCCGAGGUAAGCACAGUUUACGUAAUCUCCCGUAGCAAAAAGGUAUCCUGGUGAAUUCCCUGUCGCUUUAUUUGUGUUGAGUAAAAGAGUGCCUUUUUCCUUAUAUGUUUUCACUUUCAUGUUGCUAAUGAUUCGGUAAAUGUAGAUAGUCCUCCCUAUACAUACUCUCAGUUCUACAGAAGUUCGUUGCCCCUCUGAGGAUCCCCCCAGACACCACUGGGAUUAUCGUUUGAGCCAUGCAGAUGCAGAAACUCAUGUUCACAGGGAGAAUACUCGUUUUAUUGGUAACAAUUGUUGUUAUUUUUCUAUUUGGUAAUUUAGGUUGGCCUAAUUCACUGCUCUUACAAGAAAUUCGUGACGGUGGUUGUCAUCUUGUUGCAAAACAACCAAAAGGAGACAACGUUCCUGAAGAUGAAAACGGAAUUUUCUGGAGAUUUUCUUUCUCUGCAGCUGAAAAAAAGCUGUUUCUCCUCGGAGGCUACGAUGAAGCCAGCUCUUGCCGCAAACAGGUUUUAAGAAUUUUGAAGGCCCUGAGAGAGGAGUUGCAUCUUCAUCCAUUGACAUCAUAUCACCUCAAAACCAUCUUCUUACACGAAUGUGAAGCUUAUCCACAUCCAAACCAAUGGAGCUAUGAUAGUUUAAGUGAGAGAUUCGUUAGCUUUCUGCAGAGACUGGAAGACUGUUUGAGACAGUUCAACUGCCCUCAUUACUUCAUGACACAUUUAAAUUUGUUCGAAUUCUUCGGUCGCCAAAGGUGUGAUGAAUUGGCUAAAAAAGUAAAGGAGAUAAUACUUCAUCCAGAGGAGGUCUUAAUAAACCUUAUCAAGUAA